CUCACCCUCUCUCGGUUUCACCUCCCCCCAGAUUCUUACACCCUCCCUUCCUUUCCAGUCCUGAAGGUUGGUCUCGGUCUGAAACGCCGAGUGUCCAUUGGUGCUGCCGACCCACCUGACGGAAUUCUGCGUCGUUGCUCUGGAUUUCUGCAUCUGCAGAUAGCCACUAGUUUGACCUAAUACGCAUGCGCAAAGGUCUGACGUAAUCCGAAAAUGGCGCUUGCGCUCAGCAGGCGAGAGGCUGACGAGGAUCGCUCAGAGGUUUGAAAUUGCAGAACACUUGUGUACCGGAAUCUCAAAAACAACAUGUCAAUUUUGCGGUCUCUGUCCAUAUUUAAGGAGUGAGCAAAUAUUUUCCUUGCAACACCAACACAUCGGUUUUCAAUCCUUGGAAACAGCGAAUUAUCUUAUUCCAUCUGGAAAUGUAUUUUGCUUCUGAAAUGAAGAAUUCUGUUGUAUCUCAGUAUUGUCCACUGGAACCGGGGUGCUGAGAACACACCACCAUUUGUUCACUGGAGAUCAGUUCUUCAACUGCAUUGACUGUACAAGGGAUUCAAACGUCUGACUUUCUGAAUUGCCAGAGAAUUGAUCGCAGUGAGAUAUCAUUCUCCUUCUCUCAGUGUGGGAAGGGAUUCUCUCAGAGGCUGCCCGCAGACACGCCAGUGAAUUCACCGUGGGGAGAGGCCACUCACCCGCUCUGUGUGAGUGAGGGGAUCUACUCAGCCAUCCAGCCUGAAGAUACAUCAGCAAGUUCACACCAUAGUGCGAUGCUCCACUUGUUCUGCAAGCGGGAAGCCAUUCUGUUAUUGGUGCUCAAGGUAUAGCAGAAAAUUCACUAGUGACAGGACACUGACCUGCUCAGACAGUCAAAAGGCGUUCACCCAUGCCACAGUGACAGCAGCGGGUUCACACCGGGAAGAAGCCAUUCACCUGCUCUUUGUGGGAAAGGAUACAUGCAACCAUCUCAAGUGAAUGAACACCAGUGAGUUCACUCUGAGAAGAUGCCGUUCACCUGCUCAGACUGUGGGAAGGAAUUCACUCGCUCAUCCACCCUACAUAGACACCAGCGAGUUCACACCGGAGAGAGGCCGUUCACCUGCUCAGACUGUGGGAAGAGAUUCACUCAGUCAUGCACACUGCAGAGACACUGGCGAGUUCACACUGGGGGGAGGCCAUUUACCUGCUCUGUAUGUGGGAAAGGGUUCACUCAAUCAUCUCAACUGAAUGAACACCAGCGAGUUCACACUGAAAAGAUGUCGUUCACUUGCUCAGCCUGUGGGAAGCGAUUCACUUACUCGUCCACACUACAGAGACAUCAGCGAGUUCACACUGGGGAGAGACCAUUCACAUGCUCAGACUGUGGGAAGGGAUUCAGUCAGUCAAAUUGCCUACUGACUCACCAGUUUGUUCACACUGGAGAGUGGCCAUUUCGCUGCUCUGAAUGUGGAAAGGGAUUUGCUCGGUCAUCCACCCUUGUGAAUCACUGUAGAAUUCACACUGGUGAGAAGCCGUUCACAUGCUCUGAAUGUGGGAAGCGAUUCACUCAGUCAGCUCAACUGAAAGAACAUCGGUUAGUUCACACGGGGAAGCCGUUCACCUGCUCGGACUGUGGGAAGGGAUUCACUCAGUCACAUCAACUACUGACACACAAGUUAGUUCACUCUCGGCAGUGGCCGUUCACCUGCUUAGACUGUGGGAAGGGGUUCGCUCGGUCAUCUCACCUGAAGUUGCAUCAGCGAGUUCACACAGGGGAGAAGCCAUUCACCUGCUCUGAAUGUGGGAAGGAUUUCACUUAUUCAUCUCAACUGAAGGUACAUCAGCGAGUUCACACUGGGGAGAAGCCAUAUACAUGCUCUGAAUGUGGGAAACGAUUCACUCAGUCAGCUAAACUGAAGGAGCAUCAGCGAGUUCACACUGGGGAGAAGCCGUUCACCUGCUCAGACUGUGGGAAGGGAUUCACUUGGUCAUCUCAACUGAAGGUACAUCAACAACUUCACACUGGGGAGAGGCCGUUCACCUGCUCUGAAUGUGGGAAGGGAUUCACUCGGUCAUCCCACCUGAAGUUGCAUCAGCGCGUCCACACUGGGGAGCGGCCGUUCACCUGCUCAGACUGUGGGAAAGGGUUCACUUGGUCAUCUCAACUGAAGGUACAUCAACAACUUCACUCUGAGAAGAGGCCAUUCAUAUCCUCUGAAUGUAGGAGGUAAUUCACUCAGCGAAACUCAAGAAACAUCAGUUCGUUCACAUGGGAACGGAACCGUUCACAUGCUCUGAAAGAAUUUACUUGGUUAUCGGACUUUAAAGUACAUCAGAAAAUUCAUACUGUGGGAUGCCCCUCACUUGUUCUGAGUGUGUGAAACGAUUCACUCAAGACAUCUCAAUUGAAAGAUCAUACAACGAGUUCACACUGUGAACUCAUCUGCUCUGACUGUGGGAACGAAUUCGCACUUUCAUCCACCUACUGACACACCAGACUGCUUUCAGCAGUGAGAGUAUGUUGACCUGCUCAGACUGUGGGAAAUCAUUCACACACUGAUCCACACUGCAGAGACAGUGGUGGGUUCACACUGUGCGGAGGGUGGUCACCUGCUCAGACUGUGGGAAAUCAUUCACACACUGAUCCACGCUGCAGAGACAGUGGCGGGUUCACACUGUGGGGAGGGUGGUCACCUGCUCAGACUGUGGGAAAUCAUUCACACACUGAUCCAUACUGCAGAGACAGUGGUGGGUUCACUCUGUGGGGAGGGUGGUCACCUGCUCAGACUGUGGGAAAUCAUUCACACACUGAUCCACACUGCAGAGACAGUGGCGGGUUCACACUGUGAGGAGGGUGGUCACCUGCUCAGACUGUGGGAAAUCAUUCACACACUGAUCCACACUGCAGAGACAGUGGUGGGUUCACUCUGUGGGGAGGGUGGUCACCUGCUCAGACUGUGGGAAAUCAUUCACACACUUAUCCACGCUGAGGUGGGUUUCAAUCAGUCAUUCAUCCUUGUGUCGCCCUACUGAGCUUUGACGCAUCGAUAAUCAGAGAGAUCAGAAGCUUGAGAGAACGUAAUUCAUUCAGUUUCACCAAUCGAGUAUUAAAGGCAAUGGUUCAGGGCAGGUUAUUUUUGAGAUUUCAGCAGUGGCCAAUCAGCAUUCAGGAUUAAUUAUCAAGAUGAUAUUAAAGUUAGGCAGGGGCAGAUGGAGCAGUCAUUGCUGGAGUGGGCAGAGUUGGAGCAGAGACUUUGAGACUUUACCUCAUUGAGGUUUCAAUGAGGAGAGCAUUCAAUUGGAGAAGACAAAAUUAUGCUGGAUGUAGAAUUUUUUGCCCCCCUUCUUUACAUUUGCCCAUUUAGAUCAGUGAAGAUGCCUGGCAGGUUAGUGGAAAGCUCCUCUGGCGGGAUGUGGGAAGGCAGGGGACUUCCCCGUGUCCCUGAUAACUACACCUGUGAGAAGCGCAUCCAGCUUCAGCUCCAAACAAUCCACAUUCAGGAGUUGCAACUGGAACUGGAUGAACUCCAGUUCAUUCGGGAGGCUGAAGGGGUGAUAGGUAGGGCAUACAGAGAGGUAGUUGCCCACAAGGGGCACGUCACAGGAAACUGGUUGACAGUCAGGAAGGGGAAAGGGGGAAACAGACAGUGCAGUUUACCCCUGUGUCAUGCCCCUGAGCAACACAUAUAUCACUUCAGAUCCUGUUGGGGACGGUGGGAUGACCUGGCAAAGGAAAGUCACAGUAAUAGGGUCUCUGGCACUUAGUCUGGCUCCGAGACGUGAGAAGGGAAGGGUAGAGAAGAGGUGAACUGUGGUCAUAGGUGAUUUGUUAGCUAAGGGAACUGACUGGAUGUUCUGUGGGUGAGAAUGGGAUUUUGGGAUGAUAUGUUGCCCCCUGCGUGCUAGCAUCUGCAACAUCUCGGGUCCAGUGUGCAGCAUUCCUACGGAGGGUGAACAGUGAAGGUUGUGGUCCAUGUGGGUACCAAUGACAUGGGCUGGUAGGGUAACGAGGUUCUGCAAAGGGAGUUCAGGGAGUGAGGUACUAAAUUAAAUGGCUGCUUGUCCAGGGCUGUGAGCUCAAGACUGCCACCUGUGGCAGGUGCCUGGAAUUGGAAGAAUAUACCGUUUAACACGGUAAGGAGUUGGUGCAUCAGGGAGGGCAGAAGGUUUUUGGACCUUCUGAGCUGUUGAGGAUUGCUCUGUAUGGUGGAGUGUGAGUGUGUUGGGGAGAGAGGACAUCAUUCAUAGAGCGUGACUGGACAGGCAUUUCUCUUUCACACACGCAAACAUGCAGUGGAGUGAGGUGAAAAGAGGAAUGAGGAAGAUAGAGUUAUGGCUCCUUCACAAAGUCCCAAACUCAAUCCUCCCCCUUUGGAAUUGGUCCCAAUCCCUACCACAGGCUGGGGUUGGGCAUUGAGUUACCGUGCCAACAUUUUUGUGAAUUGUUCAAUAACACCUGGUUAACACACUUUGAUAAUAAAUUUACGUUGAACUUGAA